ACCUUGUCAAGUUGAAGUCUCUUUCUCGGCAUUUCUCUCUGCCGUCCCCAGCCACAGCCAGCUUUUCAAGUCUUCAACCUCCAUUUCUUCCGACGAUCUGCGAGAUGGGCGGCGGCAAUCGGUGGUUGAGGCCUGAGGUUUAUCCUCUGUUCGCCGCGACGGGCGUUGCUGUAGGGAUCUGCGCCUUUCAGCUGAUUCGCAACAUUUCCGGCAAUCCUGAAGUCAGGGUGAAGAAGGAUAACAGGGCAGCGGGAGUACUGGAGAACUUUGCGGAGGGAGAGAGGUACUCGCAGCAUGCCCUUAGGAGGUUCGUGCGGGACAGGGCGCCUGAGAUCAUGCCCAAACUCAACAGCUUCUUCUCCGACCCCAAAUGAAAUGGGAAAAACUACAUUGUUUUGUCCCCAAGCUGUUCUAAUACAAAACAAAUGGAAUGUGGUGGAGGACUCUAUUCUUGUGAUGGAAAGAUUGGUGUUGCAGUUUGACCUAUCUCUUUGUGUUGUGAUUAUGUGAUGUUCGUUCCAUGGUGUCUAUUCCAGCGCUUUUUUUUUGAGUUUUGACAAUGGCUAUGCUCGUGCGUGUUCUCGAUGUUAUGAUUGUGAAUGCAAUAUUAGGUUAGAUCCCUUGGGAAUUCAGACUGGUGAGCAAUGUCGUCAAAAUCACAUUUUAAGAUUUUGAUGACGUUGCCUAUGAGAGACGAAACUUGCGCCUGUAAGUUGUCCUUGCUCAUCUGAAGGCCGCUCGAAAUCUGGAGAAACCAACUUUGUGGGAUGUGGUAUCUGUGGAUUUGAGAAUGGCGUUUGCAGAAGUACAGGAUUGAUGGGUUUGAAAGGAAGUAGAGUUCUGAUAAUUGAGGGAGAUCAAACUUAAUUCUCAUUAAGGAUUCUGUAAACUAAUAUACAAUCUUGAGGGAGAUAAAAUAGGAACACGUAC